AUGGCGAUGAGCCUGGGUCCUUUGUCAUUGGUCUUCAUGCUGAGUCUGAUUGUGAUCCCUCCCACUCUGGCUCAGAAUGAAAGGUACAGACAUUUCCUGACUCAGCACUUUGAUGCCAAUCCACGUGGCCGGAACGACAGAUACUGCGAAACUAUAAUGAGUCAAAGAGACCUAACCUCACCUUGCAAAGAUGUCAACACCUUUAUCCAUGGCAACAGUAACAACAUCAAGGCUGUCUGUGGAAAUAAUGGAAGCCCUUAUGGAGGAAACUUAAGAAAGAGCAAUUCUUUCUUCCAGGUCACCACAUGCACGCACAUAGGACGGUCUCCCAGGCGUCCAUGCCGGUACCGAGCCUCUGCAGGGUUCAGGCAUAUUGUUAUUGGCUGUCAGAGUGGCUGGCCUGUCCACUUUGAUGAGACUUUUAUCCGUGCAUAGACAGCAGGCCCCUGGAACAGACCUAGCGCUGUUUUCUUUUUAUCUCUGCUCACAGCUAUGAUCACUGCUUCAGAGUUCACUGUCAUGGGCCAGAAAAUGAAUUAUCUGAAACAUACUUCUCCUGAUUUAUAAUGCACAGAAAUAAAGAUAUCUCAAAAACCUCUAAGAGUCAGUCUGGAAGAUCACUAGUUCCCAGUAAA